AUGCCGACUUCACCGGAUCUCAUCGUUGUAAAUGCAAAACCCAAAGAGCUUCACCCAAUCGAGGAUUUCUUGUCGUCGGCCGCCGAUUUUGAACACAGAGCUGGCGGCUCCUUCAGUGAUCCACAGAAUUUGGCAAUACAUGUCACUGCCCUUGUAGGGGCCUCACUCAGUUUUGUGAUAGUUUUGAUCGCCUUGAGAUGGUUCUUGCUGAUGAGACGAAGCUUUCGACACCAACUCGUCAUGUUUCUGAUCAUCAGCGACACAGCCAAAGCAUUAUGGUAUUUUGUCUUCUCAGUGGUCAUCUUUGCCAAAGGUCUCGUCAGCACCCCGUCAGAAUUCUGCCAGGCCAGCGGGUUCCUCCUCCAAUUUUCCAUUGAGGCCUGCGACAUGGCAAUCUUUAUCAUCGCUCUGCAUUCCAUCCUAUACAUCAAGCAUCCGACGAGUCGCAUGGGUGAAGGCGGACUAUAUCCCUACCGGAAAUGGAUCUGCUUUCUCUGGCUUGGCCCACCACUGCUUUCAGCGAGCUUGGCGUUUGUGAAUGAGAGUACUGCAUAUGUAACAGCCGGAACUUUCUGCUUUCUUCCUAAACGGCCCUUCUGGUAUCGAUUGGCCCUGUCUUGGGUUCCAAGAUAUUUGAUCAUCAGCAUGAUAUUAGGCAUGUACAUCUGGAUCUAUGUCUACAUCCACUUCAAGUUUCGUGGCUUCGAAAACUUUGCAAUGACUGAUUCUUCGGACCGCUCGCGAUGGGAUUCUAGGCUCGCAUCACCACCCUUGAACGAAUCUCAGAAUCUCAGCAAGCAAGCGGAGGGUAAUUCAAGUGUCCCAACUCUCCUAUCGGCGCCUGAAAUAUCUUCGCUGCCAGACUCAGGAGCUCAAAAGGAAGCGAGCACUGACCAGCAGUCCGACUCACAAACACUGCGGCCAUGGGACAAGAUGACAUUUGCAACCACAAGGCGCCUCUCAGGAGCCACCGCUUCUCAACCAUCUCUGGAUGAAUCCUCUGGCAUGACAUCACGCUUCAGUAGUGCUUGGUCGGGUGAAACACAACUCCCAGCGGUCCCGUGGUCGGUUAUGGAUGCAACUAUGCACUCGUCACAUGACACUGGUCAGAAGUCUUCAGCCUCGCCAGCUGGGACAUCAGGGGAUACUGAUGAGCUCCAGAGCGCUUCUCCAGAGCAAGUGGGACAGAGGAUCACAGUUGGAGACGGACUAACUGACCAACUAAAGCAAACUCGGGCUGCAAUUCGAAAGCAGCUGCGAUAUUUGUUUAUAUACCCGCUCGUGCAUAUCAUCAUGUGGAGCUUUCCAUUUGCGUCGCACGCAUUGACAUACAGUCACUACUACGUCAUGCACCCGAUUUUCUGGCUAGCGGUGGUGCAGACAGCAAUGUUGUCCCUCCAGGCUGGUGUGGAUGGCAUCUUAUUCUCCUGGAUGGAGAGGCCGUGGAGAAGAGUUGAUGGGAACUCUAAGCUGUCCAUACCCUUCCUUAAGCGGCAGAGCAAGGCUCUCUUGGAACGGCACUGUCCUGAGAAGAACAGCCCUUCAAGGCCCACUCCCAUUGCCAUGCAAACGGCGCCCGUUAAACGAAAUCUCAACUGUAAUUUCUCGGCAACGAACAAGGUCGAAGAGCCCGGAGAAGCAAAUGCCAAAAAGUCUGCAAACAAGGACGAGAAGUUCAGAGAAGCAGACUUCAUUCAUUCCAACACUGGCGCCGAUACCAACGGAAACGGCUCCCAGCACUACAGGAGCUACACCUCAACCAGUUCGAAGGUCGUCCCUUGCGUCAACGAACACGAUUGCUAA